CAACAAACGGGGUUACAACUCGAACAAUCCACUACUUAAACUUGGUCCACCGGAAGCCCUGGCCCUUGGUCGCAGCCUCUCCUCCGCUCAACUCGCGCCGGCGCCGCCGAUCCUCUAGUGACCGCUCUUCACGACCUCCGGCCGUGCAAGCGACGCCGCGUCCUCUCCUCCUCCCCGUGCUUUCCUCCUCUCCGGCCGGUCUCCUCCGCAGCGUGAUCAAAUCUCAAAUCGUUAUGGUGUGGCCUUUGGGCGUGUCAGCCGGCCCAACAGCAACCCUCGGCCCAGCCACGCGCCUCAUCGUCGUCGUCGACCGGCCGCCGCUUCCCCGCCGCACGCGUCGACCGCCGCCUCCGCCCCCGACCGGACCCCGCGCAUGAGAGCCGUCGCGGCCGCCGCUUCGCCCCCGCUAGUAGCCCGCGCCGUCCUCCUCCUCCUCUCCCCUCGCUUCCCUCCUCCGAUCCCGCGCCCCCAGUCCAUCAUGAAUUCCUCGCCGUCCUCCUCCCCACCUGUCGGCUACCACUCCAGGGCCGCCGCUAACACGCAGCCGCGCGGCGGUGGCGGCCGGCGGGGAGGGCGCCGCGGCGGCGGCGGCGGCCGGUGGGUAGCGCGCGGCGGCGGAGAUGGGGGCGACCGUAUCGACGCCCUUGGUUCGUCGUCGUCCUCCUCCUCUGGCGGCUACCACUCCAUGCCCGCCGCGGCCGCUUCCCCGCAGCCGCGCGGCGGUGGGGACGGCAACGAACGCACAGACGCCCUUCGUUCGUCGCCUCCCUCCUCUGCCGGCUACCACUCCAGGACCACCGCCUUCGCUUCCCCGCAACCGCGCGGCGGCGGCGACCGGGGAGGGCGCGGCGGCGGAAACGGGCGCGACCGCAUCGCCGCCCUUGGCCGCAUCAUGUCGAGGGUGCUGCGCCACAUGGCGGUGGAGCUGGGCCUGGAUAUGAGGACGGAUGGCUACGUGCGGGUCAGCGAUCUUCUCAGCCUCAACCUGCGGACCUAUGCUGAGGUCCCUCUAAAGAACCACACGGUGGAUGAAGUCAGGGAGGCCGUUAGGCGGGACAACAAGCAGAGGUUUAGUCUGUUGGAGGAAGAUGGUGAGCUAUUGAUUCGGGCGAACCAGGGGCACACAGUAACCACAGUUACUUCGGAGAGUUUGCUGACACCCAUUUUGUCAGCUGAUGAAGUGUCAGUCUGUGUGCAUGGAACUUACCGUACAAAACUUAGCUCGAUCUUGCAAUCUGGCCUAAAGCGUAUGGCGAGGUUACACGUACAUUUCUCAAGUGGAUUACCAUCAAGUGGAGAAGUAAUUAGUGGUAUGCGUUCGAAUAUUAACAUUUUAAUACAUUUGGACGUCAAGAAGGCACUUAAUGAUGGAAUGAAGCUCUACAUUUCAGAGAACAAAGUGAUCUUGACAGAAGGUUUUGAUGGUGUCGUCCCUGUGAAAUACUUUGAGAAAAUCGAAACAUGGCCAGGACGAGCACCUGUACCGCUUCAAAGAUAAAGAGGCCACGGUACCACUGAUGUGGUUUUUACAUGGCUUCUUUCACAUGCUGAAAGACCUAAACAUCUUGUGUUGUAUCCCUUUUUGAAAGAAAAAAACAAUGUUGUAUCCCUUAAGAGCUUUAUUCUGCUGCAAAUCACAUAUGUGAAUCUUUGUUUGUAUCAGUUACAUUAGCUGGUGAUUGUUUUUGCCAUACCAUUUUGGUACGACUCAACUCUGUAAGCUGUGGCAUCCAGUAUCUGUAAAAUAUGUCAUGAUACAGUAGACAAGGCCGCAAUGUUGAAUGUUGGUAAGCUCCUAACUUGUUCAAA